UUCAUAUACAUGGUAAUCAUUCCAAUUGCCAUUUAACUAUCUCUGUUUCCGUUCCUGUCUCGUCUUCUCUUCCGCCCGCCCCCCAUGCUCACCGCUUCCUUCCGUCCACCCUCGGGUGGUUGGUAUGUCCGUCCUCCUCCACUGCAGCACAGGGGAAGGUCUCGCCAGAUCUCUGCUGCUGCCAAGGCCAGAGUGGCUUCCGAAGAAAGGAGAGCCCAUCUACUCGAGCAACAGCAACAGCAGCAACCGCAACCCUCCUCCCAACCGGACACAAUGGCCAACAGUCUCCUUUUACAAUCGGAAUCGGUCCCAUCCUCAAGCGCUGCGGGUGACGCGUGUUCGCCACCUCAUCCCACUGCCAUCGAGUCAUCUAUCACCAUUCCCCUCCCCUCUUCCCCCUCGGUUGUAUUCGAACGGUCACCAUCUCCCAUGCCGGAUAGUUCAGCCGCCCACUCAUCUGACUCGUCUUCCUCGGCUUCUCUUUCCUCCGACCUUUAUGACUCUCCACCAUCGCCGCCCACCACACUCGAGGACCAGGUUCAGGUAGCUUACGCGUUGGAUGACAUACGACUCGCCAAGACACUUCUCCUCAAACUCAAAGGCAUUGAAGUCACCUCUGACGACGACCCUAGGAUAGACGAGGUCCGCGACGAGGACUUCGAUGUUUACUUUGUUCCUUCUGGUCCCCUCGCCCUCGAGGAAGCAGAUAGGAGAGCCAUGGAGGAGACCCAACGCAAACAAAGAGAGUGGGCAGCGAAAUCACAGAGAUCCAUGCGAUUAAAGGCGUGCGAGAGAAGGUGGGAGGAAGAGAAACAACGUUUACAGGCGGACAAGCUCGCCGCUAUGCGAAGACGAGAGCAACAACUCGCAGCUGCAGAGAACGAGCGGAGACGCGCCGCGCAAAGACAACAACGCUACUCAAGGGCUCGUGCAGAGAGAUAUUCUUACUCGAACCCUACACGAGAGGAAACCCCAUUUCAAUACAGCUUCAUGGUACCCACCAACCCCUCCGGCCCAACCUCCACCCGGCAAGUCAUUCGAUCUCCUAAAGCGGCAGGUAAACAGGCCGUCACCGAUUCGCCGAGACCCACGGUAUGUUUCAGGGAGGUCGUCAAGUGUAUGAAGGGUAGGCUCUUCCCUCCGGACGCAUCUGAGCAAGUCGAGGAUGCUCGGUGUAUCGCCGGACUGGACUCGUUAUCCAAUAACACACGACAUCGACGCAGACCGUCAGCGCGUACCCAGUUGCUGGAUAAUCUAUUGCAACCUGUGGAGUGGAAAGGCGACCGACGGAAGGCGCAAGCCGCCAGCGCACCUUGCAGACGUGCUGCACAUCUUUCGCAGUCCGUCGUUCGCGACUCAGCACCUAUACCCUCCCCCCCGUCGUCUGAGUCACUGACGUCGAUGUCCUCGCCGUUAUCCUCGCGAUCGAACUCGUGGUUUUCAUUUGGCAGCUGGAGAUCCUCGUGCACCGAUGUUACUAUCCCAGAUACGCAGGUAGCCACCCCAUCCGAGUGCUCCCUGCCUGUCCUCUUACCCGCUACUCAUGAGAAUCAGCGGGACUACCAUUACCCGCGUUGCUCAUUCAUUCCUAUUUCCCUCGAGGAGAGUCCCCUGACCCUUCCCAGGCCAUUACAAUCCGAACGUCAGGCGAGCGGGGAUAAUCGUAACGGUGUUGUUAGCGCAGAGGGGGCAGCGAGCUCAUCUGGCCGAAUGCGGCAAUCCGUUCUUCACCGGGUUGGCUGUUCGGUCGCCGGCUUAGUCGAACAUGUUUACGCUGCCUUGUUGACAGUUGGGCCACCGAUGUCAGCCAAUGACAAGUCUCCACAGCACCCUGCGCGCCAGUCUCGACGGCCGACCGGUUAUCGUGCAUACUCCGGGGACGUGAAGAGAUUCGUGUCCCCGGAUCAUUCAGCUACAGCAACACCUGUCGAACCUGUCCUCUUUAUCCCCCUUGUCAAUCUUACACCAAGGUCACCAAGCUGUGGUGGUCUGUCGCAGAAUCGGCUAUCCACCGCCGAUGCCAUCAUCAUCCCGUCGCCACUCCGCCCUCGUACCCCACCUACGAUGCUUGCUUAUCGCCUCCGGCCUGUCGCAAACCCUACCGUCCUUCGGCUGCGGGCGUUACAGAAUUUGAUGUGUGCCCGCGGGAAGGAGUGGGAGGGCCGUGCGCGCGAAGGUGGGCUUGGAUGUGGCAAGGAACGUAUGUUAGGCGUCGCAUUCGAGGGUCGCGGACGAAGUGGGCUCGGCUGUGAGGUACGCUUUGCGGUCGCUUGAGCCUGCUCACGAUCAUGGGCUGCGUUUAGAUUUGGAUUAUCGUUAAGGUAUUCUAUGUCACCGGUUCCACUUCAACCGGAACGGGCUAUAAUGGACGUAUUUCCUUCUUUAAUGCUACUCGUGUCUUUUUUGGUUCCCUUUCUUUCCACUGUUAUCCGUUUGUUGUACAUGUACCACGUCCCGCAUUCCUUUUAGCAGGUCGGUUUAGUGGUAAGCAAUUUGUUGUAUUCCUAUUAU